GGCCGGGGCCGGGGGCCCCGCUCGGCCGUGCCCAUGCCCGCCCCCGGGCCCCCGCUGCAGGUCCUGCUGCAGGUCCUGCUGGUGCUGCUGCCCGGCCGCGGGGCCCGGGCCUUCGGCGACGAGGAGGAGCGCCGCUGCGACCCCAUCCGCAUCGCCAUGUGCCAGAACCUGGGCUACAACGUCACCAAGAUGCCCAACCUGGUGGGCCACGAGCUGCAGGCCGACGCCGAGCUGCAGCUCACCACCUUCACCCCGCUCAUCCAGUACGGCUGCUCCGGACAGCUGCAGUUCUUCUUGUGUUCGGUCUACGUCCCGAUGUGCACGGAGAAGAUCAACAUUCCCAUCGGCCCCUGUGGCGGCAUGUGUCUCUCAGUCAAGAGGAGGUGCGAGCCGGUCUUGAAGGAGUUUGGCUUCGCCUGGCCGGACAGCCUGAACUGCAGCAAAUUCCCCCCGCAGAACGACCACAACCACAUGUGCAUGGAGGGCCCCGGGGACGAGGACGUGCCCCUGCCCCACAAGACGUCCCUGGCGCCCGGCGAGGAGUGUCACUCGAUGGGCGCCCGCUCGGACCAGUACGUCUGGGUGAAGAGGAGCCUGUCCUGCGUGCUCAAGUGCGGCUACGACGCCGGUCUCCACAGCCGGUCGGCCAAGGAGUUCACCGACGUCUGGAUGGCCGUCUGGGCCAGCCUGUGCUUCGUGUCGACCGCCUUCACGGUCCUGACGUUCCUCAUCGACUCGUCGCGCUUCUCCUACCCGGAGCGGCCCAUCAUCUUCCUCAGCAUGUGCUACAACAUCUACAGCGUCGCCUACCUGGUGCGGCUGACGGUGGGCCGGGAGAGGAUCUCCUGCGACUUCGAAGAGGCCGCGGAGCCCGUCCUCAUCCAGGAGGGCCUGAAGAACACGGGCUGCGCCAUCAUCUUCCUGCUGAUGUACUUCUUCGGGAUGGCCAGUUCCAUCUGGUGGGUCAUCCUGACCCUCACGUGGUUCUUGACGGCCGGGCUGAAGUGGGGCCACGAGGCCAUCGAGAUGCACAGCUCCUACUUCCACAUCGCCGCCUGGGCCAUCCCGGCCGUGAAGACCAUCGUCGUCCUGAUCAUGCGGCUGGUGGACGCGGACGAGCUCACGGGCCUGUGCUACGUCGGCGGCCAGAACCUCGACGCCCUCACCGGCUUCGUCGUGGCCCCCCUCUUCACGUACCUGGUGGUUGGGACCCUGUUCAUCGCCGCCGGCCUCGGGGCCCUGUUCAAGAUCCGCUCGAACCUCCAGAAGGACGGGACCCAGACGGACAAGCUGGAGAGGCUGAUGGUCAAAAUCGGCGUCUUCUCCGUCCUCUACACGGUGCCGGCCACCUGCGUGAUCGCUUGCUACUUCUACGAGAUCUCCAACUGGACGCUGUUCCGCUCCUCGGCGGACGAGGCCGGCGUGGCGGUGGAGACGCUCAAGAUGUUCAUGUCUCUGCUGGUGGGCAUCACUUCUGGCAUGUGGAUCUGGUCGGCGAAGACGCUGCACGCCUGGCAGAAGUGUUCCAACAGACUGGUCAAUUCAGGGAAGGUAAAACGGGACAAGAGAGCCGACGGUUGGGUGAAACCGGGGAAAGGAAACGAAACUGUAGUGUGAACCCGGGCCGACCCACGGAUUGCCGUGCCCUCCUCCCCUUCCGUCUCUCUCUCUCUC